GCACUACUUCCCCAGUUGGCUUCGGCGGAGGAGUACAAGACGGAAUAGCUCACCGGAAGUGCUGUGCUAAUGCCCUCGGGAGAUCGGCCUGGGCUGCUGGGUGACCCGGGCUGUCAAACCCACCCACCCGAGAUCCCCUUAGCGGGAUCUGGCCGGUGGAGAAUAGUAUCUAGAGCCCGCAAACGGCCGCCUCGGCACGUGUUGCGAAAGGAAGUGCUCCCUUGGUGACCAAUCAGCAGCGAGAAGCCGUUUUAACGUCCCUCCCUCUUCCACCCCUCCACGGCACUUUCGUUAGGUUCUUCCUUCUGUCACCGCUGGGUUUGCGCCGUGAGGCCCUCCCAGGACACCGUCCCGCGCGCGCCCGGCUGGGAGUCCGGCGAGGACCUGCCUCCGCGACAUGGCCUGCUCAGAGGCUGAGUGGGUAACCAUUGCCAAUAAUCUUCUUUUGCAAUGUCACAUACACCUGAGGAUUCGAGAACUAGAAGACUGUGAUGCUAAUGUUUUUAUUGCUCUUUAUCAGUCUGUUUUGGGAGAAAAGGUACCAGACCUCAUAGCUAUUCCCAGGAGUCAAGAGGAUGAAGCUCACAAUGUACAAGCAGUAAUUGAUUCAUUGGCUUUGGAUUAUCUGCAGGUCAGCUUGUCUCACAUAACAGGAGAAAAUAUAGUGAAAGGAGAUAAAGAAUCUAUUAAGAAUCUCCUAGAAAUAUUUGAUGGGUUACUGGAGUAUCUUACAGAACACAUCAGUGAAACAUCUCACGAGAAAAGUGAAACUGGACAGGGUUCUAAAGGAUCCCAUCGAGGAGACCCUUUGGAAGAGCGAGAAAGUACUAAAGAAUCCAGAUCAUCAUGGAAAAGAGUUUCUUUUGAGAGGUGCUCCUCGUCAUCUGAUGCAUUGGGCCCCUCUUGGGGUGGAGAUGAAGCAGAAUCCACUGGUGAAAUAAUUAGACUUGGAGACACAGCACACACCUUUUCUCUAAGAAGUAAUGUUCCCUGUCCAGGGAUCGAACCCGCACCCCCUGCAUUGGAAGCACAGAGUCUCAACUGCUGGACCAUCAGGGAAGUCCCUAAAGGUGCCCAAGGUCCUAAUGAAAUGCAGUCUAAAAAAGCCUCAACCCUACCAUGUUCUGACUCACAUGAAGAAGUGCUGAACACUCCCUCAUCUAGUUUUUUGUCCAAGAGUGGGACAUCCUUUGUUGAAGACACAGAAAUUCCUUCUGUGGAUAUGAUUCCAAAUGCUAGGAAGUUAGGGGAGCCUAUCCGGUCAGCUAUUCCUUUACAUCCACCUUACCAUCCUUCAGAGCCUCGAGCUCCCUGCCCCAUGGGAAAAGAAUACUUGCGUUCAAGUCACUGCUCCCAUACCAUGAAUUCUACUGGAGAAGGCACAGCAUUUUCUGUGGAACCCGAUAAUAGAGUUUUCUUAACUUCCAAGUUGUCUAAAGAUGGCAAACAGGAAAUGUAUCCAGUUCAGGUCCAAGGCCCUAGGACAAGGAAGCUUCGCAAAGGAAAAAGAUAUGAAAACAGAGCUGCAGUCUCAUCCUGGGAUUCACCUUUCUCCCAGAGGGCAGGAAAGAGGUUAACAGAACAAGAAUUACAUGCAGUAUCAGAGAAACUAUCUCAGCGCCUCUCUGAACUAGAUUGGAUGUUAAAAAGUGCCCUGGGUGAUCGAAUUAAAGAAAAGACCGGCUUUGAAGAGGAGGAUAUUGGAAAUGAAGAGGUGGAAAGUGGAAAUGAUGAGACACUGUCUCAGCAUAGUGACAGCAUCGUGGAGUAUGGGCCGAAGAAGCAAAGGCCAGGACUUGCCAUGCAUAGAAAGCCACCCUCCAGAUCUCAUUCACUUUCUCCAUCUCCAAUUAACAAAAACAAACAGUUCCAUAUGGAGAGAAAAAGGCAGCGAAAGCCAAAAGAAACAGAUAUCCGCCGAUUUCAAGCAAAGGCAAUAACUGAAGCAUUUGAAAAGGAACUAAGAAGAAAUAAAGUUCAAGAGAAUAUUGGACCUCUAGGAAUAAAUGACAAGGAGGAAACAGAAAAAAUAUACAGAGAAACUGUUCAUAAAGGAACUCCAAAACGUAGUCAGCCCUGGAAGAUUUACUCUAGAAAAACCACAACUCCAGGUCCAAGAGGUGGCUUGCCAAAGCCAAAUAAAGCAGUUCCAAUGGAAGUGAAUGAACACAGUCUCCUGCCCCUGAUGCUGGAGCAGUUUCCAUUUCUCUAUGUUUCUGGUCAAACACUAAGCAAAAUGUGGAAACAGCAAAUUGCACAGGUUGAACAGCUCAGAAAAGAUGCAUAUAGAGAAAAUCGAUCAAAGAAGAAACUCCAGGAUGAAAUAGAAGAAGCCUUGAGAAGGCACGACCUCCUUACUGUGCUUAUCAAGAAAGAAUAUGAACAUAACAAGAGACUGCAAGACUUCAAGGACCGCAUUCAUAGGCAGAAGUUGACCCAAUCAAAGAUAAAAGAAAAUCGGCAGCAGAUUGUUCGUGCCCGAAAAUAUUAUGAUGAUUAUAGAGUUCAGCUGCGCUCAAAAAUGAUGAGAAUGAGGACCCGGGAAGAAAUGAUAUUUAAGAAACUGUUUGAAGAAGGUUUACAAAUUCAAAAGCAAAGAUUACGAGACCUAAGAAACUAUGCCAGAGAAAAGCGAGAUGAACAAAAGAGACAGCACCAAAAUGAAUUGGACUCAAUGGAGAACUACUAUAAAGACCAGUUUUCAUUGCUGGCAGAAGCCAUAUCACAGGAACGUCAAGAGCUCAAAGCCAGAGAGAAAUCCCAGGCCCAGAUGUUGUAUAAGGUGAAGAGGGAACUGAGAUCUAAGAUGGAGAAGGAAAUUCAACAGCUGCAGUACAUGAUAACACAGAACGACGAUGAUGCUUUCUUCCGGGAACUGGAAGCUGAGCGCUUUGAAUCUCGGCUUCAUCUGGCUUCCUUUCAGUAUAGUAAAAAUCCCUUCCUGUGAGGCCAGACUUCCUAAGUGUGGACUUUACUGGCUCAAUUCUAGCUCUGCCCUGGUAAACAAUCUAACCCAGAAGAAUCAUUUCUAAAUAACUUAUCUAUAUACUGACUCUAAUACUUUUUAUGAAAUAACUUUGAAAAUAAAAAUUGUUUUCUUAGUUUA